GCAGCUAUAGUAUCAAAAUUCAAGCCCGGGAUAAAAAUAGACAUGUUACAUAUUGUGUUAUUCGGUCUAUGCGUUCGUUUUAUAUUUUUCGUGUGUCCAUUGGCAAAAUUGAAUUUCAAUAUAAAGCAUUAAACUACGGGGAAUGAAGUAUUGUGACCAGUUUUAGUGAAUUAAAAGUCAUAAUUAUCAAUUGUUAUCGAUUUAUUUUUAUAAACUUAUGUAAACAUAGGAAUAGUUAAAUAUAUAUCGGAGAAUUGUUUCAAUUUCUGCGCAUUACAGUUCGGAAGGAAUUUCAAAGUUUCAUCAUGACGCGAUACAAAGAACCGAAACAACUAGAAUGUCUGGCAUUAAUAAAACUUGGAGAGUGGAUAGCAAACCAAGCGGAAACAAAUAUGAAUCCAAUUGCUUUACUGGCACAGCAAAAUCCGAACACAGCUCAAACUACAUUAAACCAAAAAAUCGAAAAUAUACGUCGCUAUUUAGAUUUUUAUGUCCCAUGGAUGCUUUACGACAAAUUAGCAAAUGAAGCUAUUAAAGCUCUGUCUGAACUUUCAGAAAGAAUGAAACAUUCGUUGGGAUUUCGGGGGUCAAUGGGAAAAUUCGUCAGUCAAAUGAAUGUAAUUGUAAAAAUGACUGAGGUGUUAUUUACGAAAAAUGUUACAUACGUUUCUAUUGAUACAAUACCAAAAAUGAUGCGUUCUGUUUUCUACUCAAAGCUAAAUAUGUUGUCUGGACUUGUUUACUUAAAUUUGGGUUCUCUUUCUGGUGGCUGGAAAACUGCAGAUAUGGAGGAAUCUAUUAUCCGGGCCUUAAAGCAACUUCAUUGUCUUAAAUAUUUAUUUAUAAAUUAUGACUGUACAGAUAAUAUAUUAAAAUGUAUAGUAGAAAACUGCACUAAAAUAAAGAAAUUAGACCUGUCUUGUUCAAAAUGCAUCACAAACGAGAGUAUCAAUAUAAUAAGUAAGUUAAAAUCUUUAAAGAGCAUUCAGUUGUAUCACACAUUUGUUACAUGGGAGGGAUAUGUAAACUUGCUGAUUAAUUGUCAACAUUUAGAAGACAUAGGCCGCUGUGAUGAAAUUGGUAAAGUACUAGAAUUUAUCCACAUUAACUGUCCUGAAACUUGUCCGCUUAAUCUAAAAAUUUACGUUAGUAAAUAUGCUACAAGUCAUCACUUACAAUUAGCUGUACAAAUGUGUCCUUAUAUUAGUGUAAUGACUGUUUUUCAUAAUACUUUACAAAGUGAUUUAAUGGUAUUAAUAAGUUUAAAAGAUUUGUAUGAUUUAAAGCUCUUAUCAUGCGAUUUUUAUGCCGAUCAAAUAAAACAAGUGCUUCAAGUUAAAGGAUGUAAUUUAUUAAAGUUACAUCUUGAACACGUAGAUCAAAUUGAUUUGAAUGCUCUUAUGUAUAUAAGUCAGAUGUGCCCUUUACUUGAGACUUUGACUUUCUAUAAUUGCACUUUAAUUCAACAUACUUCUCUAUUUACAAAAAAAUUGGAAAUUUUACCGUUUAGAAACAUAAAAAAAUUAACUUGUGUAUCGAGUUUUACAGAUGAACAAUUGAUGUUUUUGUUGACUAAUUGUAUAAACGUAGAAUUCAUUCAAAUAGGGACAGCUACUCAAUUGACUGAUGAAUUUGUAGUAAAGUUAUUAGAUAAAAACCCACUAAUAUACUUAAAAGAGUUACGCAUAAUGCAAUCAGAUUUUUUAACUAUGUUGUCUAUAGAAAGAAUAAUACAGAGUUGUAUGAACUUAGAAAUAUUAGUUGAAUUAGAAAGUUGGUCCAUAUUAUCGGACAGUGAUCGAGAAUACAUACGAAACUAUAUAAAAAUAAAUAAUUACAACGUAGAUACAUCUCCUAUUCGUCGUUAUGAUGCAUGAAUAGAAAAUAACGAAUUAACUUUUAUAGUAAAAAUUUGAUAGUUAAGCAGAAUGUUUUUGUAUUAUUAGUAUCUAAUUACCCAUUACUGUUUCUAUUGUGACAGCGAUUUUUGUUAAUAGGUCAGUUUUUCCAUUAUUUAUUUUUUCGUAUAAUACUUUAUUUAUUUUGUAAUGAAGUAUACAUUAAGCCAUAAAGAAUAUAAUAUUGGUA